ACCAUCAUUUCUUAUUGUGUCCCAACCAAAACAGUUCAAAACUGUGACAAGAAAUUAAAAAAAUAAAACUACGAAAAAUGAAAGAGUCAACAAGACUCUUGAUAUUAUCCAUCAUUGUAUUGGUGGCAGCCGUUUCUAAUGCAGGAGUCACAGAGUUAGACCUCGUAAAUCCAACUGAUGAUGAUGGUUCAUCAGAUGGCAUGAUCAAACGUGAAGCCAUCGAAGUAGACCCAUCAAAAUCUCAAAAAAACGACCAAGGCAAUGACGAUGGUUCAUUGGAUGGCAUGAUCAAACGUGAAGCCAUCGAAGUAGACCCAUCAAAAUCUCAAAGAAGCGGCGAAGGCAAUGACGAUGGCAUGAUUAGACGUGAAGCCAUCGAAGUAGACCCAUCAAAAUCUCAAAGAAGCGGCGAAGGCAACGACGAUGGUUCAUCAGAUGGCAUGAUCAAACGUGAAGCCAUUGAAGUAGACCCAUCAAAAUCUCAAAGAAGCGGCGAAGGCAAUGAUGAUGGUUCAUCAGAUGUCAUGAUUAAACGUGAAGCCAUCGAAGUAGAUCCAUCAAAAUCUCAAAGACGCGGCGAAGGCAACGACGAUGGUUUAUCAGAUGGCAUGAUCAAACGUGAAGCCAUCGAAGUAGACCCAUCAAAAUCUCAAAGAAGCGGCGAAGGCAAUGAUGAUGGUUCAUCAGAUGUCAUGAUUAAACGUGAAGCCAUCGAAGUAGACCCAUCAAAAUCCAAAAGAAGCGACCAAGGCAAAGGCAAAGGCAAACAUCGUGCCCGCCAGGCCGCGGCAGGCCCUGAGAUGAAUUGGCCUGGAAAAUGGGAGUUGUUCAUGAAAAAUUCUGGUGUAUCAGCCAUGCACGCGAUCCUAAUGCCAGUGAUCAACAAAGUUCAGUUUUACGACGCAACCAUUUGGAGAAUCUCACAGGUCAAGCUGCCUCCUGGUGUACCUUGCCAUGUUUACGACCAAAAGGCUAAUAAAGUUGAUUGUUGGGCUCACUCUGUCCUCGUUGAUAUCAACACAGCAAACAUCAGACCACUACUGCUUACAACAGACACAUGGUGUUCUUCAGGAGGUUUAACCGUAAAUGGGACAUUGGUAAGCACAGGAGGUUUCGAAGGAGGAGCAAACACUGCAAGGUACCUUUCCACAUGUGAAAACUGCGCAUGGGUUGAAUAUCCACAGGCACUCGCUGCAAGGAGAUGGUACUCAACACAAGCAACUCUACCCGAUGGCACUUUCGUCGUUGUUGGAGGCCGAGACGCUCUCAACUACGAGUAUAUCCUCCCAGAGGGACAAAACAACAAGAAACUAUAUGACUCACUACUUCUUAGACAAACUGAUGAUCCAGAAGAAAACAAUCUUUACCCUUUUGUUUGGCUCAACACUGAUGGCAACCUCUUUAUUUUCGCCAACAACCGAUCAAUCCUUCUUAGCCCGAAAACUAACAAAGUUCUCAAAGAGUUCCCUCAACUCCCUGGUGGUGCUCGUAACUACCCUGGCUCUUCCUCCUCUGCUCUUCUCCCUAUCCGCCUCUACGUCCAAAACCCCGCUGUAAUCCCAGCCGAUGUCCUCAUCUGUGGUGGCGCGAGGCAAGACGCUUACUUCCGAGCUGAGAAAAAGAAGCUUUACGACCCGGCUUUGAAAGACUGUGCAAGGAUAAGCAUCAAUAGUGCUAAGCCUGUAUGGAAAACAGAGUUCAUGCCAAUGUCAAGAGUGAUGAGUGACACUGUGAUCCUCCCUAACGGAGAAGUCCUUAUAGUUAAUGGUGCAAAACGUGGCUCCUCAGGUUGGCACUUAGCUAAAGAACCAAACUUUUCACCAAUCAUAUACACACCUACAAAACCUUUAGGCAAACGUUUCAAAGAGCUAGCUCCUUCAACUAUCCCUCGUAUGUACCAUUCCAUAGCAAUCGCUCUCCCUGAUGGUAAAGUCCUUAUCGGUGGAAGCAACACAAACGAUGGAUACCAAUACAACGUUGAGUACCCAACAGAGCUCCGCGUAGAGAAAUUCUCACCACCUUAUCUCGAUCCAGCUCUUGCCAACAUGAGACCAAGAAUCAUUACCGCACCAAAACAGAUCAAGUAUGGGAAACCAUUUGACGUUAGAAUCGAGCUUAAACAACAAAACGUAGCAAAGGAGAAUGUAAUGUUGACGAUGUUAGCACCAGCGUUUACUACACAUAGUGUAUCAAUGAACAUGAGGUUGCUCAUGUUGGGAAUCAUGAAUGUCAAGAACGUUGGUGGUGAUAACCAUCAGAUCCAAGCCGUUGCUCCUCCAAGUGGAAACGUUGCUCCUCCUGGUUAUUAUAUUUUCUCUGCCGUCUACAAUGGUGUCCCCAGUGUUGGUGAAUGGAUCCAAAUUGUUUGA